AUGUAUCGGUUUAUGAAAAGAAAAUCUCCGCCACCACCUGAUAUUAAUUUUAAUAAAUUGCCAAGUGAUCCCGCAAAGAGAAAAAGCAUUCUAAGUUAUCAUCUUAAUCAAAGAGAUGAGGUACGACGUGAAUAUUUGAUUAGGGGACCUUGUCAACCUCGUGGUCAUAAGUUUAAACAAAUAGUAAUUGGAAAGGUGUUACGCCGUUUUAAUCCAAAAUGGUUUGAUUUGUAUGGUGAUUGGUUGGAGUAUAGUGUGGAGAAAGAAAAAGCUUUUUGCUUGUAUUGUUACUUAUUCAGAGAUCAAGCUGGAAAUCAAGGAGGGAGUGAUAGCUUUCUAUCAACUGGUUUUUGUAGUUGGAAUAAGGCUGAUAGGUUGGACCAACAUGUGGGAUUGGAUGUGAAUAGUUUUCAUAAUAAUGCCAAAAGAAAAUGUGAGGAUUUGAUGAGACAAGGAUUAUCAUUUCGUGGUCAUGAUGAAUCAGAAGAGUCAACAAAUAAGGGUAAUUUUUUAGAGCUUUUGAAGUAUACAGCUGGUCAGAAUGAAGUUGUAAAGAAAGUUGUGUUGAAAAAUGCUCCUAAAAAUAACCAGAUGACAUCUCCACCAAUUCAAAAAGAUAUUGUCCAUUGCUUUUCAGAAGAGGUAACUAGAUCUAUUAUUGAAGAGAUGGAUAAUGAUGUCUUUGGCUUGCUUGUAGAUGAAUCGGCUGAUGCUUCAAAUAAAGAGCAAAUGACAGUAGUUUUUCGCUUCGUUGAUAAGUAUGGGGUAGUUAAAGAAAGAUUUAUUGGUGUUAUUCAUGUGAAAGAGACAUCUUCUUUAUCUCUGAAAAGUGCUAUUGAUUCUUUGUUUGCUAAAUAUGGAUUGAGUUUGAAAAAGCUGAGAGGACAGGGAUAUGAUGGAGCUAGCAACAUGAAAGGAGAGUUCAAUGGACUGAGAUCAUUGAUUUUGAAAGAAAUUGCAAAAAAACAUGUUGAAGUUGGAGAGUUUUUUGAUAUGAUUUCUGUUUUACUAAAUGUUGUUGGAGCUUCUUGCACAAGAAAAGAUAAGAUCCGGGAAAUCCAUCGGCAAAAAGUGGAAGAAAAGAUUAGCAAUGGUGAAAUUAAGACAGGAACUAGGUUGAACCAAGAACUUUCCCUUCAAAGACCUGGAAAUACUCGUUGGGGUUCACAUUAUAAGACUUUGUUGCGUCUUGAGGAGUUGUUUUCAUCUAUAGUUAUAGUUCUCGAGUAUAUCCAGGAUGAAGGCACCGACACCACCAAAAGACAACAAGCAUAUGGUAUUCUCAAGUAUUUUCACACCUUUGAUUUUGUUUUCUAUCUGGAGUUGAUGUUGCUUGUUAUGGGACUCACUGAUAGCUUAUCAAAGGCUUUGCAAAGAAAAGAUCAAGAUAUCUUAAAUGUUAUUUCAUUGGUGAAAACUACUAAAUGUCAGUUGCAAAAGGUUAGAGACGAUGGAUGGGAUGCUUUUAUGGCUGAAGUUAGUUCUUUUAGCGAGAAAAAUAACACUGCAAUGCUUAAAAUGGAGGAAGAAUUUGUUGAUUCUAGAAGACCAAGGAAAAAAUCCGGUAUAACCAACUUGCAUCACUAUAAGGUGGAUUGUUUCUACACUGUCUUAGAUAUGCAACUUCAAGAGUUUAAUGACCGCUUUGAUGAGGUGAAUUCUGAACUACUUAUUUGCAUGUCAUCUUUGAGUCCGAUAGAUUCUUUUUGUCAGUUUGAUAAGUCCAUGCUCGUGAGAUUGACCGAGUUUUAUCCAGAUGAAUUUAGUUUUGUGGAGCGUAGAUCUCUUGAUCAUCAACUUGAGAUCUACCUUGAUAAUGUGAAAAACGAUGAAAGGUUUACAGAUUUAAAGUGUUUUGGUGAUCUUGCUCGUGUGAUGGUAGAGACAAGAAAGCAUCUUUCACAUCCUUUGGUAUAUCGUCUUCUAAAGCUAUCUUUGAUUCUUCCUGUUGCAACGGCAACCGUCGAAAGAUGUUUUUCCGCGAUGAUGUGUUGA